AUGUCUGAAACCAAUGUAGCCCAUGCAAUUGACUUACUGAAACAUCAACCUUCAGCAGAUGUGAUUCAAAAAUGCCUUCACAUGUUUGGCGAGGACAGGCCAUUGAACCUCGAAAGCGCUGCAGCGGUAGUAAAAUAUGUGAUACCCAUAUUUCCAUCUUUGCCGAGGAUUGUACGGAAGGACCUACUUGAACUUUUUGAAAGCGAGUUCAACCUUGUCACACACACGAUAAACUUGAUUGACAUGUUGCGGAGCAAACCAGAAGCCAAGAUCUACAAGGAAUUUCUACUUGAAGCUUUGGAAGAAAAGCCAAGUGCUCUAAACAACUACAUUGGCCAAUCACGAAACGCAUUAGAGAUUCAAAUUAUAAAGUCAGCGUUUUUUGGGAGCAAGAUUUUGAACUGUUUGGGCAAAGAUGUGGACAUUCUAUCGUUCGUACAAAUGUUGCGAAGUCAAAUUGAGUACAUAUUUGACAACGUUGAAAAUCUGAGUCCCAAACUUUAUGCGGACUUUUUGACUUCAUUUCUUAGCCUUCAUGAAAGCUUCUGCCUUGAUCUAUUAUUUGGAGGUGUAGUGCUCGCCGGCCCAAAACGCUUUCAAAAAUGGCUACAAAUGUUCCACGGUGGGUCCGUUCUCUGCCGCACCCGACUUUUCCGAAGCCUGGCGAAAUAUUUGGACACUAUAACGACAAGCAAGAGCGCGCCGUCUAUCUACACAUUACUGAAAGCAAUGGGAAAAAUUGACAUACCUUAUAAUUACCUCAUGGAUCUGAAAAGUCCGCUCUUGAAGUCUAUUAUGAUCAGAAUCAUGGAAGAAAGCGAGCAGCUAAGUCUGUACCGAUACUUGAUGGGCUUUUUUGGGAAACGUGAUUUUCCAGACGACGCGUCAACGUGCAUUCUACUAGCCAUUAUUUUUGACUAUCUCCCAAGCCAUGAAAGGUUGAGGGUCAGCUCCGACUCCUCCUUUCUGGAUGCCGUCACGACCCGGUUGAGUUCUCAGGAUAGUGUAAUUAGAGAAAGGACCAUGUGGUUAGCCAAACAGGUCACAGACGGAGGGCUUGAAUUCGAGAGCGACUUCAAAAUAACGAUUCCAGAAUUUGAAGUUCCAGAGACUGAUGUUAUUGACUACGGUCUCCUUGAAAGGAGUCGCAGCAAUCAAGCUACUACAUCACUCCCCCUGGAAUCGGCCAAUGAGAUGAAGAUUGCUGAUUUGACGCUGUCUGAAAGUCAUGAGGAUGCGGACGGCUACAAUAUCGUCUUCCUAAAAGACCUGGUACGCGAAUUCGAGCGAGAAGAGAAAAAUGGUAGCAAUCGCAUCCACCUGUUACAGACUACAGUGAGACUGGUGCGGCAGAAAAAGGACUUCGCUCUUGAGGUCAAUACUUAUAGCAGUCAGCUCUUGACGAUAAUUUGCCUUCUAAACAAUAGCUUGGACGAACCGCAAUUUCAAGAAUGGAAGGUCAAUGCGUUGGUGAGUAUUUUGGUCACCACUCCCGAAAAGGUUGUUCAGUUGGUUAAGAUAUUGUUCGAACAGGAACUAUCUCUACAACAGAGAAUUACAAUUCUCUCUGUGAUGAGUCUUUCGGCCAGAGAGCUGCGAGGUAUAGAUGACAAUUUUAUUCUAAAGCCGCAAACUGAUUUCCCAACCGAGAGACUGUCUUGGGACCAGUCUAAACGGGAGUCCAUAACCGGUGGGGGCACGCAACAGAAGGUACUUUCAAAUAAUCAGACGGUAUGGAGAUCGAAGAAACUCGACAAAGCGAGUGAUAAUAACACUAGGCUUGAAAAUCGAUUUCAACGAGUCGCACCUAAAUUUUUCUAUCCUUUAGCCCACGGCUGGCUCAACGGGAUUGACAUGGGAGCCUACGAUGUGAUGUUCAAAAAACACUACCUGUCCACUAUGCAAAUUAUCUUGUCUGCAGCUCAUCCACACCAUGAAAUCCAUUCGAUGUUUACACUUAUGGGUUCUGUUUUGGAAAGCGCACACAAAGAUGGCUUUCCAUUUGACGAAAUGGACUUAUCCAAACUAUCAGAGCUCGCCAAGAAACUGGAAUCUGUAUAG